AUUCAACUCUUUCACGCGGACCGACAUUCUCAUUUCUUCCCACUUUCCUCUCAUCUUGUUUUUUACAAUCAAAAUCUUCACUUUGUUAGCUUUUGUUUCAGAUCUAUUUAAGUGCUACCCAGAUUCCUUUUGGUGUCAAAUUGAUCACCAAGUUCUUGAGUCAUUGCUUGAAUGAACUAGAUAUUGGUCAAACUCUGAUUCUAGAUUUUGUUGUGUCUUGGUCUCUUAGAGCUUUUCGAUAUUUAUUCAGUUAGUGGGGUAAUCAAGGUUCGUGCUUGUUUCACUUCGGAUAGAGAGCAGGGUGCAUAUAUCAUAUUUACAUGGCGUACAGAGGAAGCCUGUCGUUUGGUGGUGGCUCAGGUCAUGGUCAGGGGCAACAAGCUGUCCCAUUUCAUGCCGGAAAAGGGUCCUUGAAGGUAUUGCUCUUACAUGGUAAUCUAGAUAUUUGGGUCAAAGAGGCUAAAAACCUUCCUAACAAGGAUAUGUUUCACAACAAGUUGAAUGGCAUGUUGGGGACGUUUGGUGUAAGAGUUAGCAAAAAAGUAGAAGGCCACAUGCCUAAGAUAACCAGCGAUCCUUAUGUUACUGUGGCCGUGUCUGAUGCCGUAAUUGGGAGGACGUUCGUGAUUAGUAACAGUGAAAACCCAGUCUGGAUGCAGCAUUUUAAUGUGCAUGUUGCACAUUAUGCGGCAGAAGUGCAUUUUGUUGUUAAAGACAACGAUGUUGUGGGCUCACAGAUCAUGGGAGCUGUAGGUAUCCCAGUUGAGCAGUUGUGCUCGGGUACAAAAGUUGAAGGAACCUUCCCUAUACUUAACUCGAGCGGAAAGCCUUGCAAUCCUGGAGCUGUAUUGAGUUUAACAAUUCAGUACACUCCAAUUGAGAAAAUAACCCUUUACCACAGGGGAAUAGGUGCAAGUCCUGAUGGAAUCCCUGGGACAUAUUUUCCUUUAAGGAGGGGUGGCAAAGUUACUCUCUAUCAAGAUGCACACGUUCAUGAUGGAUUGCUUCCCAGUUUGAAGCUUGAUGGUGGUGUUCGGUUUCAGCAAGAGAAGUGUUGGCAAGAUAUCUUUAAUGCUAUAAGUCAGGCCCGUCGUUUGAUCUACAUUGCUGGGUGGUCCGUUUACCACAAUAUUAAACUUGUUAGGACUGACAAUGGAACCGAUUGCAUGUUGGGGGAUAUUCUAAAAAUCAAGUCUCAGGAAGGUGUGCGAGUUCUGCUUCUUGUAUGGGAUGAUCCUACUUCCAUGAGCAUUUUAGGAUUGAAAAGGGAAGGAAUCAUGCAUACAAAUGAUGAGGAGACUCGCCGUUUUUUCAAGCACUCUUCAGUACAAGUGCUACUUUGUCCCAGAUCUGCUGGAAAAAGCAGCUGGGUAAAAAAGCAGGAAGCUGGGACAAUUUAUACCCAUCAUCAAAAAACAGUGAUCGUUGAUGCUGAUGCUGGUCAUUACAGAAGAAAGAUCAUUGCCUUUGUAGGAGGUCUUGACUUAUGCAGGGGGCGAUACGACACUCCAAAACAUUCACUUUUUAGAACACUUGAAACAGUGCACAAAGAUGACUUUCGUAACCCUUCUUUGACAGUAAUCAUUUAUCCUCCUUAGUUUUCCUUGUUGUUCUGUUUUAUUUUAAGAGUAUUCAUCUGAUUUUUGCAUCACCUUGGAAACAUAUAGGAAGAAGCAUGCUUACUAAUAUAUAUGAUCUUGCACGGUUGUACUUGAAAUGAAAGACAGAAAUAAGAUCUGUGCAACCUUAAAUUAAUUGGCUAUAGGUGAAGUGGCCAUAUUGUAGAUUAGUCCAUGUGGGAUCUUCUCUCUUAAAAGGAACCAAGCAGCUGCUUGAUCCGACAAUUAUAACAAGCAAUGCAUGCCAACAAUUGCAUUUAUGGAGUAUAUCCCCAAGUAUAGCUUAAUAAUAUGAUAUUGAUGUU